AUGCAGCUCGCGGCGGUGUGCACGGAUCCCUGGGUGCUCUCCGGCACCGCCCUCGUCGUCCUCGUCCACCUCGUGCUCCGGCACUUCCGCUCCGGCGGCCGCCGCCUCCCGCCGGGCCCGCGCGGCUUCCCGAUACUCGGCGCGCUGCCGCUCGUCGGCCCGACCCCGCACACCGGGCUGGCGGCGCUGGCACGCAAGCACGGCCCGGUCAUGUACCUCAAGAUGGGCACCUGCGGCGUCGUGGUGGCGUCGUCCCCCGCGGCGGCGCGGCAGUUCCUCAAGGUGCAGGACGCGCGCUUCGCCGACCGGCCCGCCGUCGCCAGCGCCGUGGACAUCACGUACGGGUUCCAGACCAUCGCGUUCGGCAUGCAGGGGCCCAGGUGGAAGCAGAUGCGCAAGCUGUCGACCGUGCACCUGCUCGGCGCGCAGGCCAUGUCCGAGUGGGCGUCCGUGCGCCGGGACGAGGCCGGCCGCCUGCUGCGCGACGUGGCUGGGGCCUCCGCCGCCGGGGAGCUGGUCUCCGUGCCGGACGUGCUGGUGCGCGCGUUCGCCAACAUCAUCGGGCAGAUCACCCUGAGCAAGAGGCUGUUCGACACCCAGGGCGACGAGGCCAACAGAUACAAGGAGAUGAUCACGUUGGUGCAGAGCGGGUCGGGGCUAUUCAACAUCAGCGACUUCGUGCCGGCCCUGUCACGCUUUGACCUGCAGGGUGUUCAGGCGAAGCUGCGGAAGAUCCACCUCCGCUUCGACGACAUGAUCACCAGCCUCCUGGACGAGCACUCGGCGACGGCCAAGCAGCGGCAGGGUCGGCCGGACUUCAUCGACAAGCUCAAGGCCAGCAUGGCCGACAACAAGGACAGCAACGACGCCGACACGAUCUCCGAAGUCAACGUCAAGGGAUUCGUAUUUGACAUGUUCACCGCCGGCACGGACACGGCGUCGAUCAUCGCGGAGUGGGCGAUGGCGGAGAUGAUCAAGAACCCGUCCAUCACGGCGCGCGCGCAGGAGGAGAUGGACCGCGUCGUCGGCCGCGGCCGCCGCCUCGAGGAGUCCGACGUCGCCAGCCUCCCCUACCUGCAGGCCGUAUGCAAGGAGGCCAUGCGCCUCCACCCCUCGACCCCGCUAAGCAUCCCGCACUUCUCCGCCGAGGAGUGCGAGGUGGACGGCUACCACAUCCCCAGGAACACGCAGCUGCUCGUCAACAUCUGGGCCAUCGGCCGGGACGAGGCGACAUGGGAGGACCCGCUCGAGUUCCGGCCGGAGCGGUUCCUGUCCGGGCCGACGGCCAACGUGGACGCGCUGGGGAACCACUUCGAGCUCAUCCCCUUCGGCGCCGGGCGGAGGAUCUGCGUCGGGAAGCUGGCCGGCAUGGUGUUCGUGCAGUACUUCCUGGGCAUGCUGGUGCACGCGUUCGAGUGGCGGCUGCCGGAAGGCGAGAAGCUGGACAUGGAAGAGCAGUUCGGGCUCACGAUGCCCAAGGCCGUGCCGCUGCGGGCUAUUGUCACCCCACGGCUGGCGCCGGCCGCGUACGCGUGACGGGCGCGUCCCGUGUGCACGUCUGUGCGGAGAUGCGGGUCCUCAAUGGAUCGAUUGUUACUGUUUGGUCGCAUACUUCAGCAUGUAAUAACUACUGUAAAUUGUGGUUCUUUUCCAAAGUAAUAAUAAACGUGGUGGGUGCUAGCA